AAUCUAACCAAGAGCAUCAGUUGAAUGCAAUCAAUUGCCUGCGCACCUGUCAUCUAAAAAGCACAACAAACAGCCCAGCAUCAAUAUGAAGUUCUUCUCCGUCGUCACCGUUUUCGUGUUCGGUCUGCUGGCUGUGGCCAACGCUGUUCCCCUGUCGCCCGAUCCAGGAAAUGUGGUGAUCAACGGCGACUGCAAGUACUGCAAUGUGCACGGUGGAAAGUAGGAAAGUGCUCGCCAGAAAAUCGAAGAAGGACAAAAGCUUACCUCAAAUCCAGAACACCAUAUUUAUACUAUCACACUUGUACUAAAAUGAACACUAGUAGUAAAACACAUUGCCAGUUACAAAUAAAAUGAUGGAAAAAUAAAA